UCUCCCUCGAACACACAGCCCCAGCUCGGAGCUCCGUGAGGCGGCUUCCACCACUAGAGUUCUCCCUUUAACACACUGCCCCAGCUCAGAGCUCCGUGAGGCGGCUCCUCUCGGCUGUGUUUACCUUCCAUCCACAGCCUUUAUCUCAGCAGAAACACCGAUGUAAGCUGCUGUGGAUCUAUCCCUCCCUCACACACACCCUCAAUGUGUUAGCGGCACCACAACAUAACAGAGUCGAGAUGAAUAAGGAAGUCAUGUCCCGCGUGGUGAAGAAGAGGCAGGCGGACCCCAAGGUGGUCCAGUACGUGUGGGCGGCCAUCGAGGUGAUCCGCAACCAGAAACAAAUAGCAAACAUGGACCGGAUCUCCAAACAACAUCCAGGACAUUAAAGUGAGCGUCCAGCAGCGGCAGGUGAAGCGCAGCACCGGCUGGAAGAAAGCCUGCGAGGAGCUGGAGGUCUACCAGCGCUUCCUGAGAGAGGGACGCUACUACUGGAAAAGCAAGCUGGAUGACGGCAGCAGCCAGCCUCAGCACCACCAACAGAGCCAGAGCCAGCGGCAACCACAACAACAACAACAACAACAACAACAACAGCAGCAGCAGCAGCAACAGGGAGCAGGAGGAGGAGGAGAGCAACGGGAGGACGGACCGACUGGAGAGGACAGACGAAGCCGAGUCCAGCAUCUCGUCCACCAGCAACGAACAGGUCCGACAUCUCAAAGGCAGCCAGGAGCCCAAGGCGAAGAAAAGCCGUCGCACUCCUCUGGUGGAGCUGAAAGAAGAAGCCAGCGACCCGGAGCCGGAGAUGGAGGCGGUGAGCUCCAGCCAGGAGAUCCCGGUGUCGUCGGCGCCGCAGCAGCCGGAGAAACUCUCCGUGUCCACGCAGACCAAGAAGGCGAACGGCGGCUCGCCUCGCACGCUGCACCGCGGAACCCAAACCAACACGGACGGAGCCUGUCAGAACAUGUGCCACGAGAAAUACACCAAGGUCUUCAACGACGUCAAGGAGAUGAUGAAGGCCGACAACAAGAGGGAGACGGAGAGAGUCGUCCGAGAGGCGCUGGAGAAGCUCCGCGCCGAGAUGGAGGAGGAGAAACGUCAGGCGGUGAGCAAAGCGGUGGCGGGAGCUCAGGCCGAGAUGGAGAGGAAGUGCAAGCAGGUGAAGGAGAAGUGUAAAGAGGAGCUGGUGGAGGAGGUGAAGAAGGUGGUGGCUCAACACAAACAGCUCAUCUCACAGACCAAGAAGAAGCAGUGGUGUUAUAACUGUGAGGAGGAAGCCAUGUAUCACUGCUGCUGGAACACGUCGUAUUGCUCCAUCAAGUGUCAGCAGGAGCAUUGGCACGCCGACCACAAACGGACCUGCCGCAGGAAGAGAUGAACAAACCCCCCC